CUUGCAUCACUCGCAUUUGGUCGCUUCGUUUGCCAGGUUGUUCUGCGUUAAGUUGAAUUUGUAAAAAAGGUGUAUUUUUUUUAUUUCUUCUGUUAUGCACAAAAAUAAAUGAGCCUAGUGAAUCAUUUAAUCGUGGAGCUAUAAUUAAACCUAAUAUUAAAAGUGCAGUGGCUAAAAUAACGCGGAAAGAUCUGUGCAAAAAACGAACGGAACAGCCAGUCUGUGAAAAAUACAAUCACAAUGCAAUGAUUCAAGUUAAUGACGUCGCGAAUUCGACCAAUUACGUACAACGGCAAUAACAAAGCAGAGUCUGUCUAGUAGAGUGAUUCUACAAAUCAGUAUGAAAAUAACAAAUUUAACACAAAUUGAAUAGAUUGAAACAUGUGCUAAAAAUUAACGCAUCCAAAUGGGGUCGCGUAUUAAAAACGACGUCAAAAAACUCUUCGAGUUUUGGUGCGAAAUUACGCCCACGCGCCUUAUUGUGGAGCGAUUUCCGGAAAGCUUCUGCGACAAAGAGGUGCUCACAGGCAUCCCAGCAUUUGCGUUCCCCUGCGAUUUGGAAAGAAACGACGUCAAAAAACUCUUCGAGUUUUGGUGCGAAAUUACGCCCACGCGCCUUAUUGUGGAGCGAUUUCCGGAAAGCUUCUGCGACAAAGAGGUGCUCACAGGCAUCCCAGCAUUUGCGUUCCCCUGCGAUUUGGAAAGCGAUGCGGUUCAGUCCUACUCAUUUGUCCACACUACCAGCGAUUCCAAAUGGCGGUUUGGGUUCUGUCGGCACGAUCCCAAGACACAAACAGCCAUGGUUUUAAUAACAUAUUUACCAUGGCAUGAUACUUUCCUAAAGUUAUUGCCCGUGCUGGCAGAGCUGCGGCGCACAGAUCGCGAUGGAUUUCGCAGCUUUCUGUCGGAGGCCUAUAAUCGUGGUGUGCCAGACUUAGGAGGCAGUCUGACAGUUUUCUAUAAUAGUGGACAAAAUCAUUUCAUAUUCGAGCGUCCGCUGCAGUUCCAGUUGCCCAGCAUACCGGAAAAUCACAACUUAAAUCUCUACUACAAUUUUGUCGAUGCCAAGGAGAUGAUUUGUGUUUUUGCCGCGAUGCUGGCUGAGCGUCGAAUUGUAUUCACCUCGCGGCAUUUGGAUCGACUAUCCUCGUGCAUUCAAGCAGCAAGUGCAUUUCUAUAUCCCAUGGUGUGGCAGCACAUUUUCAUUCCUGUGCUUCCAAUGGAGUUCAAAGAUUACUUGGGUGCGCCUAUGCCAUAUUUAAUUGGUGUGCCCAAAGCGGUGCUCGAAACUGUUUCCACCGAUGAGCUCGGUGAGGUUGUGAUCCUAGACUGUGAUAUAAAAACAUUCGAAAGUCCUUUUGACGAUGUGCACGAUCUUCCACCGGAAAUAGUCUCACAGCUUAAGAAGUAUCUCAGUCCGGCACAGGUCCAUAUUGGCGAUAGGGUUUCGAAAAUUUUUCUGGGUGCUUUGGUUCAGCUUAUUGGCGGCUAUCGCGAUGCCGUUGAGUUCCACAACAACACAUUUAAUCGCGACAAAUUCAUUGAAUCUCGACCUACGCACCUUCGCCCCUUCCUUGCAAAAAUGAUGGAGCUGCAAAUCUUUGCACAAUUCGUCGAUGAUCGCCUCAAAAUGCUCAAUAGUGGUUUAAGCUUCUCCGAUGAGUUUGAAAAGGAGAUUGCGCGCUAUGCGGAUAAAAUGAAGAAACGCGGCCGUAAUUAUGCCUUCUUAAAGAAUGUAAAAGACAAGACUAAUCCAGCUGUUAAGUCUGCUGUCAAAUCGGUCAAGGAGAGCUCACGUGGCAUGAAGACUGCCUAUAAAGAUUUGAAAUCGAAAUUCCGCGAGAACACCCCCACACACUUUCAUUUUGGCUUGGGCUCGCCCCAACAUUCAGAUCGACCGGACGGUGCCAGUUCUGGAUACGCACGGAACGGGAAAAACAUUGGCGCCUCGCAUCAUUCGGCUCCCAGUUCGCCGGUAUUUAGCAAACGGCAUACAUUAGCCGCCAGCAAUUUAGAGACUUUAAAUGGUGGCACCGGAAGUAGUCAGGCGCAAAGACGUGGUCCCGUGCCGCUGGCCAUGUCUAGCUCGAGCAGCCACAUUCAGCCGAAUGGUUUUGCGCACGGUGCGCACGCUCCUGCUCAUUUUGGUCACCAUUUGGCUGCGUCUCCUGCUGUUAGCUCGGCAAGCUCGGUCUGCUCAUCGGAGAUGAAUCUGUCGCAGGAGCUGCAGAACCAUCCGCUGUUCAAAACACCCGCCGUGGACCGCAGCCUGAAGCCAACCUCUGAGACCAUCCACAAUCCACGUCAACGAUCAAUGGUCAGCAGCAGCAGCAACAGCACUAACACGCCCCCUGCACGACCGCCACCGCCCACGCUACCAGCACCUGCAGGUGGCACACCUAAGCAGCCAACGCCACCAGUCUCGUAUUACAACCACCCGUAUAGCUCAAGUGCCACACAUCCGAACGUGGAGAGCAAGCCGCCACGACAUUCAAAUGGAGCUACAAACUCGACACCUUCGCACACCUCGACCCCGCACAAGCACCGUUUGCUGACCACGACUGACUCGAGCUUCGAUAGUCCACCGGAUGUCCAAUCACCGCCCAUCCCGCCUAGACGACAAUGUAGCGCCAAUGCUGUAGUGGCGGCCACUGCAGCAGCCGUCAGCGCAGGCAUUAGUCGUCUCGAGCGUAAUUGUUGGCAGGAAUGUGGACCGACUAUGGAGCAGAAGCAUACAGACUCGCUACGCAGCUCCAGUUCGUCUAAUGCGUCCGUAUCAAAUUCAUCGUCGUGCUCGUCUGCAGCUUCAUUUAUGACGGCUGCCUCAAGAUUGUCGCAACUAAACAUUUCGUCACCGAUAGGCACAGGACCUGCACCAGUACCAAAGCGCAGGGUCAAACGAGAGUCGCCACGCUCUCUUCAACCGAACAGCACCCCGCAGGAGGACAGUAUGAAUGAUCUUAUAUCGCUGGACGAUAGCAAUAACACCAGCUUCGAUCUGGAAGAUUUUGAUCCGCUCAAUCAGAAUGCACGCCCUUUGCCUUCCCUCAACAAACUACACAACAAAAAGUCAACCACCUUGCCCGCAGGUGUCAGUAGCAGUAUUGUCCAAUCAACUGCAGAUAUAUCUCCAAUGGCGAACAGCAUCCAUAAUCCCCUAUAUCCCUAUUUUGCACCAAAACACAAGGCCACUGUUGCUGCCGUAACCAGUCGGGCACCCCCAUUGCCCACCAGCUUGCCGCCACAGAUUCAGAGAAGUUCUGCAUCUGGAACUGAUGAUGAUUUCGAAUUACUGCGAAAAUACGGACUCGAUCAGUUUUCACUAAACACCACAACUGGAUCGCCAACGACAACGAAUAAUACCGCACCGCUGGUGGCGGGUAAGGGCAUGAACAACUGGACCACUUUCGAUUAGGCAACAGCAAACGCUUCCGCUCGAAAAUAUACCAAAUAAGUGUGAAUAGGAUCGUGCUGUUGUAAAUAGCUAGGCAUAUAAAUGCAACUCGGUAAUGAUAUUUCAAUUCAUUUUUUAAAUUUAUGUAUAGUAGUUGAGUUGUGUAACCCGCUUAAGUCCAUGAAAGAGGGUAUUGUAAAUAAGAGAUAAUCAAAAAUAUUUAGUAAUUAUAGCAAUUAUGUAUGCCCCACAAAAAUAUUUGACUUCCAAAUCAAAAGACAUAACGUAAAUAAGCUUAGUGAGAAUUUAAAACCAAUUUAGCAUAACAAAGAACAAUUCAAAUAUCAAUAAAUUCGUAAUCAGUAAUUGUA